AGUUGGUUCGAUUUUGUCUAAUGCUCACCAUGACGGCCCAUGAGAGACAUCAACACGAUGAGAACGAAGCCUCUGAGGAUCUGCCACGUGUCCUCAUCCCCAAGCUUCCCAUCUCUCUUUCCGCGCUCGGCGACCGGGCCCUCGCCUCUGACAAGUUCCGCCUUCUCAAAGCCUACGAGUCAAAUCUUCCUCUCCCCCAAUUCCUGGCCGCUCAUUCCCGGUCAGUCUCCGCCAUUGUCGCCGCUCCGAGCUCACCGGUCACCGCCGAUCUGAUCAGUCUCCUCCCGGCGCUGCGUUUGGUUGUUACGACCAGCAUCGGCGUCGAUCACGUGGACGUCGACGAGUGCCGCCGGCGAGGCAUCUCCGUCACGAACGCCGGCUCCGUCUUCUCUGAGGAUGUUGCCGACACGGCCGUCGGUUUGCUCAUCGACGUUCUCCGGCGGAUCUCCGCCUCCGAUCGGUUUGUCAAGCGAGGGCUUUGGCCGAUCAGAGGGGAUUAUCCCCUCGGAUCCAAGUUGAGAGGGAAGCGUAUAGGGAUUGUUGGAUUGGGAAGCAUCGGCUUAGAGACGGCUAGAAGACUCGAGGCCUUUGGCUGUCGGCUUUCGUAUACAUCAAGGACCCAGAAACAUUCGAUUCCGUAUCGUUUCUAUGCAGAUACACGAGAUCUCGCUGCCAAUAGCGAUGCACUUAUACUCUGCUGUCCAUUGACUGAGCAGACAAGGCAUAUGGUCAAUAAGGAAGUGUUUUCCGCCAUGGGAAAGGAAGGAGUGAUCAUAAACGUUGGACGUGGAGGUGUGAUAGACCAGAAGGAGAUGGUCCAUUGUUUGAUGGAGGGUGAGAUCGCGGGUGCUGGUUUAGAUGUGUUUGAGAACGAACCCAAUGUGCCUAAGGAGCUCUUUGAUUUGGAUAACGUUGUCUUGCUGCCACAUACUUCUGCAAUAACAUUACAGGGCUUUGAAAUGUUGAGGAAUAUUCUGGUCGGGAAUUUAGAAGCUUUCUUCUCUGGCAAACCCUUGUUAACUCCUGUUCUUGAUUGUCAACAUUUGUUGACUUGUUCCCCAAGUUGUAUUGACUCGAAAUAAAUUUUACAUGGCUUUAUAUAUU